GAUAAUGUCAAUGUGUAGUGUCUGUGUAAAACGAGGUUUUUGAUAUGAAGUAUCCGGGGUGUGCUGAUAGGUAAUUCUUUAGUUCUAUGGGAAGUAAACGAGGAGAUGAAGUCGAUUAAUCUGCAUCAAAACACCUAAAUGAUGCCUUCUUCUCCUUUGUAGUUAUCAGUUGUUUUUGUUUGAUCUAUUGAUUGUGAGGAGGAAGACUAACCUCAGCCGCCAAAAGCCCCUGUAUGCUAUAAUCUAGUUUAUUAUUGUGUAGUAGUUACUCAUGUAUUUGAGGUUUUACUUUUUAUUUUAGACUUACAAAACGGAAAUGCAGCCAUGCGGGCCGUGCAACUUAAAGGAAAUACAUUAUGAGCCAUUGGAAGGACUGGAAGCAGAGAUAUCUCAUGAGAUAUAUCAGCAGAGUGCCAUACCGACUACCCAAGAUUCUGCAGCUCCGAACUGCGGUUGUGAAAUAAAAGUAAACUGCUUGUGCGAAGAACCGCCUUCAGAACGGAUCUCCAAAAUGUCAAUGCCAAUAAUUGCGCCAAAGACUCCCGAGGGUAUCGAAAAGACGGAAUCGACAGGAAAUCUAUUUUCAUAUUCUGGAUCCAUGAUCCACGCAGAUGCUGCUACAAACAAAUGAAGUAUUUUUUAACAUUUCAAAGAUGAUAGAACCUAGAACUUGGAUUUAAGUUU